GUUACGUUAAUUAUCCUAACCUAGUACGAAUAACCGGAAUAAGUUACUUCCGGUCAUAGCUUGUAUCGAUGUGGCGUGUACAAGAGUGUUUGUCGAUUUUAACGGGCUUCACACGAGUUCAUCGUCACUUCCUGUAACUCGCGGAUAAAGACGGACCUGGCAGCACCGAGUUUGGGAGCUUCGCGGGUCAAUUUUUUGAGUUUGCUUGGCGUGAUCCGAGUUACAUCGGAGCCAUCAGAACUGCAACUAUGGUAAGCCUUUAUUCUUGACUCAAUUGAGGUAUGAUCCACGUGUUUUAUGAUAUAUUUUAGUUUUUUAUUCAGUGGAAAUGUAAUCUGUCCCAGUGAUGAACGUCAGUGCAACGUAGGCUUGUAGGCCUUUGUUGCACUCGUAGCUAUUGAAAGACUACGAUGGCUAACUAGUUACAGUCGCUAUUUGAAACAAAUUGCGUACGGUAUGAUCAUGUUGUGUAAUGUGCUUUCGCAUACAGUUUUGACCAGCACUUCCAUGCCAAACCAAACCCUGGCCGUAGUUGACCAUGACCAGAACUUGUUUAGCUAACGUAGCUAGCUAGCGUUAACGCUAGUUGGUUGGCUGCAUGAUCAUGCCUGGCUGCAUUCAGCCACGUUAGACUUCUAGGCCGCCAACGUUAUCAUUAUUGUAUGUUGCCAUCGAAAUGUCCACCUGACAAUGUCCUUGUUUUUGUCGUGGCAGAAGUGCCGCUUGUUUAAUUGUUCAACAACUGCUAGGCCAGUUUUUUUUUUUUUUUUUUUUUUUUUUUUUUUUGUAGCUAGCGUUACUUGGCUAAUUUACUAGUUGGGCUAGCUGGACAAUUAAUCUGUAAACCAACCAGGUUGUUCAAUCUAGAACCUACCUAGUUUUCUAGUUGCAACAAUCAAGGCUCCUCCUUUUUGAUCUUCAGGUCUGAACAUGAUCAGAUCGUUUGUUCAGAAUUUAUUAGUUUCCCUGCCAGCAAUGAUGGCCAAUAACCAGUGGGUAACUUGGAUCAAUGUGGGAUGUUUGGGUUUUCUUAGUAUAGUGUCGUCGCAAAUUUGAACGAAUUGAUUUACACCUCUUAUUUUGCAGACUGUUGGAAAGAGUAGUAAGAUGCUGCAACACAUCGACUUCAGGAUGCGGUGCAUCCUGCAGGACGGUCGUAUCUUCAUCGGGACUUUCAAAGCCUUUGACAAACACAUGAACCUCAUCUUGUGUGACUGUGACGAGUUCAGAAAGAUCAAGUAAGUAAUUGGGUUUCUUUGUAAAGAACAAUGAGUAAUUGCUUUUGGGUCUCAAUAUCCUUAAAUCUGCCACUAUCAAAUGGGGUGAGUUAAGAAAGGUAGAGACCAUGGUUCUGUUGCAGUGAUUGAUCAUUAAAGCUGAACCUAAUGUUGAAACAAUGCAUUAGAGGUGAGCCAGCAACUGGAUGGUUGCCAGUUCUAAUCCUGGGUCUGACUGUACAAAUUUGACAGGAAGUAAGAUGGCAACUGGAGGGUUGCUGGUAUCAGAUCCUACAUGCGAUCAACGGCCACUUUGCCCUUCAGCAAGGCACUUAAUCCUAAUCUCAACCGAGAACAGUUACCACUAUCCGUCCAAUUGUACACAAGGUCAAAAGGAAAUGUGACUUCUGCUUUAUCCCAACUCCUCCGAAAGACUCAACAGGUUGGCGCAGUUGUGGGGGGUUAAGUUUGUUAUAUUCCUUUCCAGACUAGGAUAUAGAAGGUAAAUGUAUAUUGUGCUUUAACCCCGACUCUCCCCCUUCUUGACAGGCCCAAGAAUUCCAAACAGCCUGAGCGUGAAGAGAAGAGGGUACUGGGCCUUGUGCUGCUCAGAGGAGAGAAUCUGGUCUCCAUGACAGUGGAAGGACCCCCUCCCAAAGAUGUAAGACAUUCCUCACCACCUUCUGUAGGGUUUCUGUUGUGUACAUUCUCCGUGUCUUUGUCAUACUGAAGGCUUUUUAUCAGCCAGUGGGUUUCCUAGUUAAUGGUUGGCUUACUUGGAUCAAUGUGGGAGGUUUAAAAGUUAGUUCGUUCUGUGGCAGUGAUGAUCAUUUUAGCUGAACCUGAUGCUGAAACCAAUUGAAGCAGGAUUACUCUGAGCCCAGAGCCAUUUACUUAACUGAGUUUUAACUUUACUUAGAAAUUCAUGGAACUGUUAUCUGACCUAGUGUUGCCCCUGUUUCAGACUGGCAUUGCCCGUGUGCCCCUGGCUGGUGUGGCAGGAGGCCCAGGAGUUGGCAGGGCAGCUGGCAGAGGCGUCCCCGCUGGAGCACCCAUGCCCCAGGCACCCGCAGGCCUCGCUGGGCCGGUCAGAGGAGUAGGCGGCCCCUCGCAACAGGUAUGCCCAAGGUCAUGGGUCACACGUUUCCUCUUGUGAUCCCAUCUGCGUUUUACUGGAAACUAAACAUGGAUAAUGGCUAUAUGGUGGACAAUUACUGGUGAUUAGCUUUCACCUUUUCAGUUCUUGGAAGUUUUAAAAGGUUGAGACAUUGGUUCUGUUGCGGUGAUGAAUUUCAUUUGAGCUGAACCUGAUGCUGAUGAAGCUCAUUGAAGCAGGAUUACUCUGAGCCCAGAACCAGUGACUUUCCAAGGAUUUUUCUGUAAUUUAAAUCCUUGGGUGGGCAGUCUAUAUUUUUUUUCAUUUAGCCAAAGUCCAAACAAUGUUUAUAUACAUUUUUAAUUGAAAUGAUUAAAGAUGUAAAGUAUGUGGAGAAGAUGAUGGGGACCUAUAUAAUCUGACAACUAACAAUCACCUAAAUGAAACUGCCAGUAUUUAAUAGGAUUUGAUCGCCCUGUUGAAGCCCUGGUGCUGCACCACUUGGUUUGACCACUGAGUGUUAAAUACGGUGCCUUACCCCCCCCCAAGGUGAUGACCCCACAGGGCAGGGGAACAGUCGCUGCAGCAGCAGCUGGUGCCACCCUCGCUGGUGCCCCCACACAGUACCCACCAGGCAGAGGAGGACCCCCUCCCAUGGGUCGCGGUGCACCCCCUCCAGGUAAGGACUGAAUCACAACGGCUACCUAGUUUUAAUUUGAAGUGGAAAGAAUGAGACCUUGAUUCUGUUGCGGUGAUGAUUGAUCAUUAGAGCUGAACCUGAUGCUGAAACAUUACUUCAGCAGGAUUACUCUGAGCCCAGAACCAUAUGAUCAACUUUUGUAUUUAGCAAGUGUAUAUUGAUGCUUGCAUAGUCAUUUCUAGACUAGGAUUAACAUAAUCAAUGCUUUGCCCCCUACAGGGAUGAUGGGCCCUCCCCCAGGCAUGAGGCCUCCCAUGGGUCCUCCAAUGGGAAUGCUACCUGGCCGCGGAGGUCCAAUGGGCAUGCCCCCUCCCGGCAUGAGGCCGCCACACCCAGGCAUGAGAGGUGAGGGUGACUUACAUUCAGGAUUCUGAGUAAAGGAGUUUAAUAUAAUGUUUGGCUGCGUUUACACAGGCAGCCCAAUUUUGAUCUUUUGCCACUAAUUGGUCUUUUGAUCAAAAGAUCAGAAUUGGGCUGCCUGUGUAAACGCAGCAUUUGAGACAUUGGUUCUGUUGCGGUGAUGAUUUUCAUUUGAGCUGAACCUGAUGCUGAUGAAGCUCAUUGAAGCAGGAUUACUCUGAGCCCAGAACCAUGCACUCUCAGUCCGAGGUUUCUUUCGUUCUAGGGAGGUUUUAUGUUAAAAUGAGUUUUAAUGCUUCAUUAUUUGACCCGUGGCACUGUUUCCUGUUAAUCCUGAAUAUUCUCUCGUUCCAGGACCACUUCCCCCAGGAAUGCGUCCCCCCAGACCUUGAGUCGCCCCACUGGACUGAUGUUGUCUUCUAAGUGUACUCCCUACAAAAUGGUUCUCUUUAGGCUCCUGUAUAGUUUGACUUUUGUAUUUUUGUUUUGAUUUUUUAAUAAAGUGUCAUCGACAAUUUGUUUUAAAAUGUCGGCCUCUGACUGACUUGAUAUGCAGAUGUAUGUUGACAAGUGAAUAGUGAUUCCAUGUUUGGCUGAGGCACAUGCUCAGUGAGGGUGAUUGUUGUACAGACAAGAUGGUGGUCUUAAUAAAUGUAUCUGAAGAGAGCUUGUCCUUGCCACUUGCGUUUAUCAAUCAACCAUGCUUUCCAGUUAUUCCUAUUGAU